AUGAUCUCCGCCCGCCCACAAAUCGCACCAACCGCAGAGACGGUCAAAGUCAUGCGAUUUCUCAAUACGCUCUUUGUUCGAUAUCCCCCAACGGAUGCAAACAAGCGAAUGGUGUUCGUUGACGUCGAUUCUCCUGACAAGAAGGGUGAGGUGACCGGCUCUCAGGAGAACGCUGGAGGACGCGAUGCCAUUAUGGAUUAUGUCCAUCGGCUCGUUCACGAGCAGAGCAUCUCACCGACUUCCAUUGGCAUCAUCUCCAUGUACGCUGAUGACCUCAACACUCUCAAGAAGGCGAUCAAAGAUGCCCGUCUUGAUGCCAUCAAAGUUUCCACCGUCGACGGCUUUCAAGGACAGGAGAGGAACAUCAUGCUGGUGCAUCUCGUGGCAUCGCAGCACUUCAAGUUCAUCGGCAACGCCAACAGGCUCAACGUUGCUCUGACUCGCGCAAAGGACGCCAUGAUUGUGGUUGGCAAUCUUACUGCCAUGAGCAAUUUCCUGGCAAACAAGAUGGAUUCACUCGAGCGUGCAGAUCAGAUGGCACAUCGAUUGAUUGCGGGCAUGAUCAAGCAUGGUAACGAGAACCGACAGAGAAUUGUGUACAGACCCAGAUAG